GAGAGACAGAGAGAGAGAGAAAAGGAAGGUGGUUAUAGAGAGAGAGAGUCGAUAAGUUUCGGGGGUGGAGGAAUGCUGGAGAUUCGGUACGUUAUUGGACAUCUUUGAGGGGUCACCAGCCUCCUGGUCUGCUCUUUCAGACAUUGAUCUGAAGGCUGGUACUGGAAUUCAAAAAGUACCCAUUUGUUCUUAGAGCCUUUCUUUCCCUUCUCAUGUUGAGCUUUUGAUAAUUUGAUAAGAAGGGAAAGAAAGCACAUAAAUUGUUGAAGAAAAUUGGGAAUUGGUGUUAUCUUGUACACAAUCGAUUUUCGAAAAUGAGCGUGGUUUCGGGUGUGAUUUCAAGGCAAGUUUUGCCAGCAUGUGGCAGCCUUUGUUUCUUCUGCCCGAAUAUGCGGGCGAGGUCUAGGCAGCCUGUGAAGAGGUAUAAGAAGCUGAUUUCGGACAUUUUUCCAAAAUCUCAGGAAGAAGAACCAAAUGACCGAAAAAUAGGAAAAUUGUGUGAAUAUGCUGCCAAAAAUCCUUUGCGCAUCCCUAAGGUCCCAAGGAUGCUCAUCCUUUGGGAUUACCCCAUCUUCAUGGUACAGAAAAACAUCAAUCUUUUUGAAGUUUCUCAGAGUCCCACAGUUGGUUUGAGGGAAAAAAACUUGUCACGAUACAGUGGGUGA